AAAAUGGGAAGUCGUAAAUUAAAAGAAGCGUUCGAAGUUGAUUCAAAAUAUGGUGCUUUUUACACUGGUGGACAAGUUCAGUGGACAAGCGAUGGACAAAAACUCCUCUGUCAGUGUGGAGGAGUAGUUAAAGUGCUGGAUAUUGAGCAAGGUCGUGUCACUACUUCAGUUGGUGUGAAUGAAGAAGACAGUGAGGACACAAUUAACACCUUCUCAUUGAGUCCUGACAAUGAAAAAAUUAUCUCAAAUCACAGGAGUGGACUUCUCAAGCUCUGGAACUGGAGAGAUGGGAGCCUGGUAAAGCAGUGGAAGAGUAUUCACAAAGGUCCAGUGUCACAACUUGCUUUCAGCAAGGAUGGAGUGCUACUGGCUAGCGGUGGAACAGAUUCCAGUAUUCGAAUCUGGGACCUUCAGCAUCAGGCUUGCACUCACAAUUUGCGAGGAGCUCAGGGGGUCAUCAGUGUGGUGCAGUUCUACAGCAAUAUGGUGUUUGCUGCUGGUGAUGAUGCUGUUAUACGAGCUUGGAACUACAGCACUGGGCGGCAGCAGUUGGCAUUGUCUGGUCACUUCAGUAAGGUUACAGCCCUUGUAUUCCACGAAGAUACAAACCAACUGCUGAGUUGUGGUCGUGAUAGAGUCAUCAUACUGUGGGAUCUCCCAUCUGGAACUACAGUGCGUACGCUGCCUGUGUUUGAAGGUCUGGAGGGCUUAGUUCUACUCCCUCCGAAGUUCAGGCUUCCUGGUUUCAAGAAGAAAGUAAAGGGGGGCAUUCAUGUAGCUGCAGCAGGCGAAAGAGGAGUGGUGCGAAUAUGGGAGGUUACAGAGGGACUUGAAGUGUUUACACAGAGCAACUCACUUGUAUCAAAGGCAACUGAGGAAGGUGGUCUGGCCAUUGUUCAGCUGCUGUUUAAUGUGGAGAGGUGUUCACUGGCCAUUAUUUCUGCUGAUCAUAAUAUCAUCAUCCAUCAGCUGGCAACAUUUGUGUGUGAGAAGCAGUUAGUGGGCUUCAGUGAUGAAGUUCUUGAUCUAGCGCUGCUGGGCACAGGAGGCUGUUACCUUGCAGUUGCUACUAACAGUACGGAUAUAAAGCUGUAUAACAUGAAGGAUAUGGGCUGCCAACUGCUGCGAGGUCACACUGAUCUAGUGCUCACUCUUGCAGCCGCUCCCAGCAACCCUUCAUUGCUGCUGUCUGGUGCAAAGGACAAUUCAGUGCGUCUGUGGCUUAUGGAUCCAGAGAGUCAUGCUGCCAAAUGUGUUGGUGUUGGAUCAAGACAUACUCUCUCUGUGGGUUCUGUUGCCCUCAGUCAGCUGUCUGCAUCUUUCUUCCUUUCAGUAAGCCAGGAUUUGUGUCUGAAGCUUUGGAAAAUACCCAAGAAAUUGAAUUCAGAUGAAGUGCAGAUUUUGAAUGUGGAUGUCACAGAAAUUGCUCAUGACAAGGACAUCAAUAGUGUUAGUGUCUCUCCAAAUGACAAACUGAUUGCUACAGGUUCACAGGAUAAAACUGCCAAGCUGUGGUCUGUAGAGGGACUGACACUUCUGGGUGUGCUGCGGGGACAUAGGCGUGGUGUGUGGUGUGUGCGAUUCUCACCAGUGGAUCAGGUAGUGCUGUCUUCAUCAGCUGACUGCACCAUCAAGUUGUGGGCAGUAUCAGACCUCACUUGUGUAAAGACAUUUGAAGGCCAUGACUCCUCUGUUCUCCGAGCCGAGUUCAUCAGCCAAGGUAUGCAGCUGAUAACAGCUGGAGCUGACGGCCUUCUCAAAUUGUGGAAUAUCAAGACAAGCGAGUGCAUGACAACACUUGAUGACCAUGAUGGUAGAAUUUGGGCUCUUGCAGUGAGCAGGGAUGAAUCAUUGCUGAUCAGUGGAGGCUCUGAUUCCAAUUUGGUGUUGUGGCGAGAUGUGACAGAGAAACGGCGAGAGGAAGCUGAAGAGGCUAGACAGAAAUUAAUACUUGAGGAACAAGAAUUGGCAAACUUGGUGAAGUCAGAUCAACUGUUGUCAGCACUGAAGCUGGCUCUCACACUUGAUCGACCUCUGCAGGUUCUUCGUAUAAUCCAAGAGGUGCUGAAGCAAGGCCAGGAAGGUUUGCAGGACACUGUAAGGCAGCUAGAGUCUGACCAAAAGGCGGCACUGCUCAAGAAUGCCACAGUGUGGAACUGCAAUAGCAAGAAUUGUCAUCCUGCUCAGCUAGUGAUCUCUAUCUUGCUGGAUGACUUAUCAAGUGGGGAUCUCAAGAUACAAGCAUUUUCUAACAUGCUAGAGGGAACUCUGCCCUACACAGAACGCCACUUCAAGAGACUGACACAACUGUUGCAAGACUUACAUCUCCUGCAGUUUACAGCAGCUUGCAUGCAACCUCAGCUCCAAGGAGGAGGUAGUGUGUUAAAAUAGUGAGUGGGCAUUGUCCAAACUGAAUGAUGCACUUGCGAAGGCACUGCCCAUGGAAGAUAUGUGAACAAGGGGUAAUGCGGGCAGCGAACA